UUCCGCGCCGCAGUCAACAUCCAAACAUCGUUCCUGCUGCAGAUCAGCAGGAACGGGACAGGAUUUCGAAAAUAAACCAAAAAGUAAAUCAAUUUAAAUUAAAAAGUAAUAAUACGCGAAAGUGAAACAUUAUAUAGAACAAAGAGAAUAAAAUCGCGCGCGUGUUUACAUAAGAAUCCAACCCCUCGGCUACUCUUGUUCCACUUUUAUUUAAGACUUCUUAACAGAUUCCGAAUUUUUCAACAUUCCAUGGCGAUGAACGCCACCUCUCCAAAAUCCUCCUUGGCAAAACUUGGCCUUUAUCCGCGCCAGAAGUCCCUCAAGGUCAUGGUGCUUGGCCAAGGCGGAGUCGGGAAAUCUGCUAUGGUAGUCCGGUUUAUUACGAGAAGGUACAUUGGAGAAUACGACCCAACAUUGGAAAAAGUUUACACUUUUCAUACAGUUAUUGACAACGAAAUGGUGUACUUCGAUAUUCUCGACACAGCUGGACAACCACACGAGAACGAGUCCGUCACUUUUGAAGCCAACAUCCGAUGGGCGGAAGCCUUUAUCCUGAUGUAUUCGGUCACAGACAAAUGUUCCUUCGACGAAUGCUACCGACUCAAGUUCCUAAUUAACUACAACAAGAGGCGUCGUCGACUUGGUAGUAGCACCUCAAAGGAUGGAUGCCUCGACGUUCCUGUCGUCCUGGUGGGCAACAAGGUCGAUCAAGCCGAUGACCGAAUGGUGACCUUAGAGGAGGGCCAAAGACGUAGCAAGGAAAUCGGAUGCGUCUGUUUCCACGAGAUUUCCGUGCGGGAAAGCAUCGAUCAGGUGUGGUCUGUUUUCCGGGAUGUAUGCAGAUUCUGGCGCGUGCAAAGUAAAUGUCCUUCGAAGCUGAAACGAUCUGGAAGCGAAAAGGAACCUGUUUCACCGGAUACUGUUAGAUUACUGUGCUCGGCUACAGUAUCACCUGGGAGUUUGAUACCGGCCAGUUGUAGACCUUUGGGUAGAAGAUGGACAGAGGUUGAAGCUGAAGAAGAGGACGAAAGUAGUAAAGGGAGUAACGCUUCUAGUCCAGGUGAAGCUCCUUUCAGAGGAAGAGCUUCAACGGAUGGUAAUCUCCUUCAGAAGACUUGGAAAUGGAGGUAUGCACCUUCAUCUUCGAGCACUCCUCAGGCUAGUAGCUAUUAUCCAUCGAAAUCUGAAAGGCGUAUGAGUAUAUCGAUGCGCGGAAACAAUGCGAGCUAUUGACCUUCGAUUCUCACACAUAGGCUUAAAUUAUUUUUUAAGGCUUUCCUUGUAUACCAUUCUCUCCUUUUGUACAUUUUUGACUUGUUUUUAUACGAACGUUAAGCUGUUUUAUUUUCUACGUGCUUUCAUCUUGUUGAGCAUCUGAUGUUGUACUUAAUACCAAAGAAUCUAUCGACCAUUUUAACUGUGAUUGUUGUUGAUUGUAUUUAAAGAAAUGUAUUUAUAAUAAAACAAAAUCAGUGGAUUUUCCAUUCAAAUCUAAUAUUUGUCUAUGUAUGCUAGUCACAAUACUCUGGAUUCGUACACGGUGAUUCAGUUAUAUGCAACCCAAAUUGCAGAUCUCAAUAUCUAACUUAAAUAUGGAAUAUUGUCAAGUGUAAGAAUAUAUUAUUCACUAAUUAUAGUAAGUGUCAUGUGCUGUAAAAUUUAAAUGUUCGACUUGUUACCUGUACACAAUUAAAAUA